AUUAGUUUGAUCUUGACCGGAAAUAGCGUAGACAAACCGGAGGUGAGGACAGAGGGCGGGAUGUUUUUGAAUUCGUGCGGCUCCGUUUUGACUGUUGACACAUUUUAAUAUUUAACGUAUCAACAAAGGUGCCUCUGUAUUGACAGAGAGAGAGAGCAAUGUCUUCAAAAAUCCCAAGAGGUUUGCAGUUACCUGCAGAAACAAAGAAAGCGGGUCAGAAAGACACAGCAAGCGCUGCCCAGAAAUCAGAUGGUGUCCUUAAAUCUCAAAAAGACAAUGUGCCAAGAAAAAAUGUUGCUCCUAAAGUUCACAAAGGGGUCUCUACCAGAUAUGGGCAACAGGCAGAGCUCAAAGAGCAAAAUCAGCAUUUGAUGGCCACCAAUGAGGAGCUGCAGAAAAACCUCAUAGACACACAGCAAAGAGUAACUGAGUUGGAGCUGCAGUUCGGUGACCUUGAAAAGGAGAAUUCAGAGGUGCAGAAAAACCUGAGAGACUGUCAUGCACUCCUUGUUGCAGCUAAAAUAGAUCCAGUUUUAGGUGAAAGGGUUGGAGAAGCUGCACGACAGAAUGAAGACCAGAGAAAAGAAGUCAUGAGUCUCUCCACAGACCUACUGCAUGAAUUAAAAGCAUUCGGAGACAUUGCAUCACAGCAACGUGCACGGCUAGAUGAAAUCCAGACAACAAUGACAGAACUCACUAAAGCACGGGAACAUAUGAUGCAGGAAAGAGAGAAUUUUUCCCUGGAGGCUGCUGAAAUGGAAAAAGCUCUCAAGGACGCAGAAGCUCUCUUGUUGUAAAAGUGUAUAAUAUUUUAAAAAAUGUAUAUGGAUGUGUGUUUUAAUGUUAGUGUGACGCUGAAAUGAAUAAAGGAUUUUUGUUUCCUCAUGUU